UCCCACAAAAACAAAAUUUCCCACCUCAAAAGUAUACUCUUCCCACCUCAGUCAGUCCCCACACCCCACUGUCUCUGGUUCACAGUUUCACACCCUCCUAGUCCUCCCCCUUCCAUGGCAUUACCAUCACAACCCCUUCUUUCUCUCUCCUAACUCUCAAACCCCACUUACCUAACUUCCUUCCAAUGCACUCUCUCAUCUCCAUCUCCUACCUCUUCUUCUUCAUCUUCUUCCUCCUCCUUUCUCUCUCCUCCCAAACCCAACCACUCCCCCCAAACGACGCAGCCUCCCUACUCUCCUUCAAAACCAAAGCAGACCUCGACAACAAACUCCUCUUCACCCUCCACGAACACUUCGACUACUGUCAAUGGCAAGGCGUCAAAUGCCAACAAGGCCGCGUCGUCCGCUUCUCCCUCCCUAACUACUCCCUUCGCGGCGUUUUCCCACCCAACACCCUCACCGCUCUCGACCAACUCCGCGUCCUCGUCCUCCGCAACAACUCCCUCUACGGUCCUCUUCCGCCCGACCUCCACUCUCUCUCCAACCUCCGUUCACUCCUCAUCGACCACAACUCCUUCUCUUAUUCACUCCCUCCCUCCAUUUUCUCUCUCUACAAACUCCGCGUACUCGACCUCUCCUUCAACAACUUCUCCUCCACUCUCUCUCCUCUCUUCCUCCACCUCGACCGGCUCACUUCGCUCAAGCUUCAGUUUAACCGCUUCAAUGGCAGUCUCCCGCCGUUCAACCAGUCUGCUUUGGUUUUCUUCAAUGUCUCUGGGAAUAACUUAUCCGGGAAGAUUCCUGACACCUCCACACUCUCUCAGUUCGCUUCCUCUGCGUUUUCGUUGAACCCUGGUUUAUGCGGCGAUAUUGUUAAUAAACCCUGCGAUUCUCGCUCUCCUUUCUUCGAUCCUUCCUCCGCCACGAACCAGCCGUCGUCGACUCCUCCGAAUUCGCCGGAUGAAUCAUCCGCGUCUUUCCUAUCUCCUCCGACAAUCAAAUCAUCGCAUCGCAAAAGGACGUUGAUGAUUCUAGGGUUUUCCUUCGGAGGUCUGCUGUUAAUCUCUUCAUUGUUGCUGUUCAUGUUAGUAGCAGCGAGGAAGAAGACGACGGAAACGACAACAACAACAACGACGAGAAAGGAUUACAACGCAAACACUCAAUCGUCUGCAACAAGCGAGGUGAUGACUGAACCAGAAGUAAUUAGAGUUCGGUUUGAUUCACAAAGCAAUGAAUUGAAGGAGAAAUGUAAGGAGCUGGUUGAAGGUGGAGGAAUGGGUGGAAUGAGGAGAGAGAAGAGCGGGAAUCUGGUGUUUUGCAUUGGAGAAGCGAAACUGUACACCUUAGAACAGCUGAUGAGAGGAUCGGCUGAGAUGUUAGGAAGAGGAACAAUGGGGACCACUUACAAAGCAAAGCUGGAUAAUCAGCUAAUCGUGACCGUUAAAAGGCUUGAUGCGAUAAAGAUGAGUGGUGUUAACGGUGAGAUGUUUGAGCGGCUCAUGGAAAUAGUUGGAGCUAUGCGACACCCGAAUUUAGUCCCUGUUAGAGCUUAUUUUCAAGCUAAGGAAGAAAGGUUGAUUAUUUAUGAUUAUCAGCCCAAUGGCAGUGUCUUCAACCUUAUUCAUGGGUCAAGAUCAACGCGGGCAAAACCUCUACACUGGACAUCUUGUUUAAAGAUAGCUGAGGACGUAGCUCAGGGCCUUGCUUACAUCCACCAAGCAUCCAAAUUCAUCCAUGGAAAUCUCAAAGCCUCUAAUGUCCUUUUAGGCACAGACUUCGAGGCAUGCCUGACAGAUUGCUGUCUUGCUGCACUAUCAGUAUCUUCUGAUGAUGAAGAUCCCGAUUCAGCAAGAUACAGAGGCCCCGAGGCCCGGAAUUCAGCCCGGAAAGCGACCCCUAAGACAGAUGUUUAUGCUUUUGGUGUUCUUGUGCUAGAGCUUCUUUCGUGUAAACCCCCGUCUCACCAUCCGUUCCUCGCUCCUCAUGAUAUGCUUGAUUGGGUGAAGUCAAUGAGGGGUGAUGAUGACUGCUUUGAAGACAACCACUUAGCAAUGCUUGUUGAGGUGGCUAGUUUAUGCAGUUUGACAUCUCCCGAACAAAGGCCGCCAAUGUGGCAAGUGUUGAAGAUGAUACAGAAAAUAAAGGCCUGUGUUGGGGCCGAAGAUGCUGUUGAUUCCACAACAGGAUAUUCAUAGUGUUGGAAACCCUCCGUUUUAUUAGGUGAAGUUGUGAAUCAACUGGGGAAAACAGACUGAACUUUUAUUGAGACGAGAAGAAAGGUGCAUUUUUGUUAACUGAAGGAUCGCACCAAUCACUUUUGAGCGGAUUAAAGGCUACAAUAGUAAGAUGGUUAUGACUUAUGAGAACUGACAUCCAAAGUCUGGUAUGUAUUUUUUUGCUAAUUGCAAUGUUAAGGUUAUUAAUGGCUUAAAUAAUCGGGAUAUAUCAAGACGUUUUGGUGAGAAAACGAAGGGUAAUCCUAGUACAAGAAGUGAACGAAAGGUUGCAAAUUGCAGUGUAGUAAUCCAUCAAUUGUCAAUAACUUGAAUUGUUAACUUGUAAUGAUUCGGGGAAACAGAAAUGUAGUUCAAAAAUUGUAACUUUGAUUUAGAGGAUGUGUAUUUGACGACAAGUUAUCAAGCUAGUUAGCCCUGUAAGAUUGACCCAUCAAAGCAUCCUUCUACGUUUUGCAUCUGCAUUUUUCUGCAUCCUUCCUUGUAAAUUGUAAUAAUAGCUCUUGUUUAUUUUCAACUAGAUUUUAGCCCGUGCGAUACACGGAUUUUAUUAAAUUGUUAAGUUUAAAUAUAUUUUUUUGAUUUUGGAUUAAA